AUGUCCCUGUUCUGUACAGCUGUCAUCCUUUUCUUCGCCAUUCAUGCCCUAAGAUCUCUUGGAAAAUCAUCAACUCCCGGUGUCGAUCAUGUCACUGGUAGAAAACCCGGCAGAUUACCCUUGGAUGUCUUGCCCUAUGUAUUGCCAUUUUCACAGACUCGCUCGGAAGGGGGAUUUGAUCUCCAUGAAUUCAGCUUUUAG